UGAACGAAGGUUUUACGGGUUUGGAACAACAUGAGGGUGAGUAAUUACUGAAAGAAAUUUCAUUUUUGGGUAAACUAUCCCUUUAACCUGUGUUCUGUGGCUUAUUGAAGUGAGCAUGUGUGAUGUGUGACAGGAAAGUGUCCUUAUUGUGGAUUUAAGCACAUCCAGAGAGAGCAAGCGUUUUCUCUACCCAAGAAACUCUUAAAAUGUGUUCUCAUCUCAUGCAGAGGUGGUACAGUCAAAAUCCUGCAUCCGAUACUGGAUGAGAGGAGAAUAUGAGUCUGUAAGAUUCCCACUGGUAUUCUGGAAUACUCUUGGGCUUUAUUUAACAUCACAAGUGACAUGACAUAUGAAAUACACAAAGUCAGAUACACAUAUGGUUUGCUUUUGACGUCAUUAACCUGAUUUACUUAUAAAGGCACACAAUCAGUCAAACAUACAUUACAAGAAUGUAGAAACAUUAUAUAUAUUACACAAGGAUAUGGAUUUUCUAUAGGGUUCUAAAAUCCUAUAAGGUUUUUGUGGAGGGAACUAGGUGAGGUGAACUACCGGGUUGCCCUUCAAAAAUACAUCAUCACUGCGGCACUCUGUUCUAAACAAUAUAUAGCCAUGAUCAUAUUGUUUGUGUAAGAAAAUGUAAUUUUAACUGUAUAAUUUUAAGACUUAAAAGUAUGAAAAGCAAAGCAUGCUUUGAGAUUAGCCUGGCUGACUAUUUUCCUUCAGUAAUUUCCCUUCUACAUCAUAUAAUGUACAUCAUAUGGUAGAGAACUUUUAGUAAGAAUCAAAAUAAUAUUUGACAUUAAAGAAACUGAAGCUAAUGUAUUUCUCCUCUUCAGGGCGUGGAGUUUUCACCACUGGAGCUUUUUUCAGAGGUGAUUUUGUUCUUGAAUACAGAGGUGAACUUCUGAGUUCACAGGAGAGUCUGGACCGAACUGAACACUACACUGAAGCUGAGAACACGUUCCUGUUUGAUUUUCAGUGGCAUGGCAAAAAUUGGUGCAUGGAUGCAUCUAAAGAAGACUCGUCUUUGGGAAGACUUGCAAACGAUGAGACCAGAAAUCCUACUUGCAAAAUGAGAACUGUUGAAGUGAGCAGAAAACCUCACCUGUGUCUGUUUGCUGUACGAGACAUUCUACCAGGAGAGGAAAUCACUUACAAUUAUGGAGACUCAGAUUGGCCAUGGCGAGUCAAGCCUUUGAAUAAAGCAUCAGCAGAAUCCACUGAUAAAACGAGAGCCAGCAGUUUGCGCCUGCAUAAAUCUCCCCAUUGUGUAGCUUCUGUUUCCUCUCCUGAACUGGACAAGGUAAACAGCAAUGGUCCUCAUAAGCAGUCAGGCAAAUCAAGAACAUCAAGGAAUAAAACGGCGGCCAGUCUCUUUUUUUCUGUAGCCACUCCAAAGUCCAAGUCACCCACGUCACCUUCAACCUCGCCUGUGCAGCCCUCAUCAUCCUCGCCUGCCUACAGAGGAGGAGAGUGCAUCAACAAAGCUGCUUGCGAAUGUGGCAUAAAGAACCCUAAAGCACUGUCAUCAACUAGGCUCAGGAAACACAUAGCAACCAUGUCUAAAAUUCUUAACCUUAAUGAGAAUGAAGCAGACCAACUGGCUGAUUUCCUUGGUCACGAUAUCCGAAUCCACAGACAGUAUUAUCGGUUACCAGAGGGAACACUGCAGCUGGCAAAAAUGAGUAAAGUCCUAAUGGCCAUGGAGAAAGGAACACUGUCUGACUACAAAGGAAAGAAACUUGAUGACAUUGAAAUCGACCCAAAUGAGCAACUUGAGGCCCAAGGUGAUUCCAUGUCAAGUGAUGAGGAGGAUUCCAGUGACCUAUCUCAGACACCAGCACCAGCACCAAUACAGACUGAUCAACCUGUUCAAUCUGAACAAGCUGUUUCACAGGAGGAUCAAGGUUCUUCAAAUGCUCCAAAAAAGAAAUGGGAGGACAGUGAGGUAAAAGCAGUAGAGAGACACAUGAUGAGUUUCAUCAAGACAUGCAAAGUUCCUGGUAAGCAAGACUGUGAAAGAUGCAUUCACGCAGAGCCAGAAGCUUUACGCAGCGAACAUGGACUGGUGUGAAAAAUUAUGUGCGGAACAGGAUCACGACUCUUAAAAGAAAGGGUGGUUUGUAGGGAGGGACAAACACUUCAACACUUUGCACAUUAUGCUCUUUUUGUAGGAAAUGGAGCUAAAUUAAAAGAAAUGAGGAUAAAGGUGUAGAAAUAUUUUGUGGAUGGAAUGAAACAGAAUAUAAAGUGAAACGUUAGAGUAUAAGAAGGCUAAUGAAGAAGUAGAGGAUAGUAAGAGUCAAUUUUCUUUGUUCAGUUACAAUAUAGUUGGAUGAAAUGUCAUGUUAAACUUUUUGAUAUUUCUGUCAUAGAGGGAGGGGAGAAUGUAAAGAUGAUAAAAAAGGGAAGAGUGAAUAGCUGUGCUGGACAUGGGCUGUGGCUGGAUCUAACCGAUUGGUGAGAGUUGCUGUGUGCAGACUAGAGAAGCUGAAAACUGAGAUGUGAUGUCAGACACUUUCUGCUUCCCGUAGUGAUGCAGAGCCAGAAGCUUUGAAGCAGGGAACAUGGACUGGUGUGAAAAAUUAUGUGCGGAACAGGAUCACGACUUCUAAAAGAAAGGGUGGUUUGUAGGGAGGCACAAACACUUCAACACUUUGCACAUUAUGCUCUUUUCGUAAGAAAUGGAGCUAAAUUAAAAGAAAUUAAGAUAAAGGUGUAGACAUUAAAAUUAAGAGACGCUCGCGCUGUUUGCAUACUUUACCACAGCUGAAGUAGAAAAAAUGCAUUAUUUUCCAAAUACACAGAUAUUUCGGAGACAUUUUCAUUCAAUACAUGCACUGCUUGAUACAGUGUCUGUUUGUACAAGAAUAAAGUUCAACAUAAGCCUAAAUACAAACGUAAAGCGGGAAGAGAGAAUGUAAAGGGGGACGUUAAAGGACGUAAAGUAGAAGAGCAUGUAAAGGGGACGUAAAGAGGGAGGAGAGAAUGUAAAGGGGACGUAAAGAGGGAGGAGAGAAUGUAACUGGGACGUAAAGAGGGAGGAGAGAAUGUAAAGGGGACGUAAAGAGGGAGGAGAGAAUGUAAAGAGGGAGGAGAGAUUGUAACGGGGACGUAAAGAGGGAGGAGAGAAUGUAAAGAGGGAGGAGAGAUUGUAACGGGGACGUAAAGAGGGAGGAGAGAAUGUAACGGGGACGUAAAGAGGGAGGAGAGAAUGUAACGGGACGUAAAGAGGGAGGAGAGAAUGUAAAGGGGACGUAAAGAGGGAGGAGAGAAUGUAAAGGGGACGUAAAGAGGGAGGAGAGAAUGUAAAGGGGACGUAAAGAGGGAGGAGAGAAUGUAACUGGGACGUAAAGAGGGAGGAGAGAAUGUAAAGGGGACGUAAAGAGGGAGGAGAGAAUGUAAAGAGGGAGGAGAGAAUGUAAAGGGGACGUAAAGAGGGAGGAGAGAAUGUAAAGAGGGAGGAGAGAUUGUAACGGGGACGUAAAGAGGGAGGAGAGAAUGUAAAGAGGGAGGAGAGAAUGUAACUGGGACGUAAAGAGGGAGGAGAGAAUGUAACGGGGACGUAAAGAGGGAGGAGAGAAUGUAAAGGGGACGUAAAGAGGGAGGAGAGAAUGUAAAGGGGACGUAAAGAGGGAGGAGAGAAUGUAACUGGGACGUAAAGAGGGAGGAGAGAAUGUAACUGGGACGUAAAGAGGGAGGAGAGAAUGUAACUGGGACGUAAAGAGGGAGGAGAGAAUGUAAAGGGGACGUAAAGAGGGAGGAGAGUAUGUAAAGAGGGAGGAGAGAAUGUAACUGGGACGUAAAGAGGGAGGAGAGAAUGUAACUGGGACGUAAAGAGGGAGGAGAGAAUGUAAAGGGGACGUAAAGAGGGAGGAGAGAAUGUAAAGAGGGAGGAGAGAAUGUAAAGGGGACGUAAAGAGGGAGGAGAGAAUGUAAAGGGGACGUAAAGAGGGAGGAGAGAAUGUAAAGGGGACGUAAAGAGGGAGGAGAGAAUGUAACUGGGACGUAAAGAGGGAGGAGAGAAUGUAAAGAGGGAGGAGAGAAUGUAAAGGGGACGUAAAGAGGGAGGAGAGAAUGUAAAGAGGGAGGAGAGAAUGUAACGGGGACGUAAAGAGGGAGGAGAGAAUGUAAAGAGGGAGGAGAGAAUGUAACGGGGACGUAAAGAGGGAGGAGAGAAUGUAAAGAGGGAGGAGAGAAUGUAACUGGGACGUAAAGAGGGAGGAGAGAAUGUAAAGAGGGAGGAGAGAAUGUAAAGGGGACGUAAAGAGGGAGGAGAGAAUGUAAAGAGGGAGGAGAGAUUGUAACGGGACAUAAAGAGGGAGGAGAGAAUGUAAAGGAGACGUAAAGAGGGAGGAGAGAAUGUAACGGGGACGUAAAGAGGGAGGAGAGAAUGUAACGGGGACGUAAAGAGGGAGGAGAGAAUGUAACGGGGAUGUAAAGAGGGAGGAGAGAAUGUAAAGGGGAUGUAAAGAGGGAGGAGAUAAUGUAAAGAGGGAGGAGAGAAUGUAAGAGGGACGUAAAGAGGGAGGAGAGAAUGUAAAGGGGACGUAAAGAGGGAGGAGUGAAUGUAAGAGGGAGGAGAGAAUGUAAGAGGGACGUAAAGAGGGAGGAGAGAAUGUAAAGGGGACGUAAAGAGGGAGGAGAGAAUGUAAAGGGGACGUAAAGAGGGAGGAGAGAAUGUAAAGGGGACGCAAAGAGGGAGGAGAGAAUGUAAAGAGGGAGGAGAGAAUGUAAGGGGGACGUAAAGAGGGAGGAGAGAAUGUAAAGAGGGAGGAGAGAAUGUAAAGGGGACGUAAAGAGGGAGGAGAGAAUGUAAAGAGGGAGGAGAGAAUGUAAGGGGGACGUAAAGAGGGAGGAGAGAAUGUAAAGAGGGAGGAGAGAAUGUAAAGGGGACGUAAAGAGGGAGGAGAGAAUGUAAAGAGGGAGGAGAGAAUGUAAGGGGGACGUAAAGAGGGAGGAGAGAAUGUAAAGAGGGAGGAGAGAAUGUAAAGGGGACGUAAAGAGGGAGGAGAGAAUGUAAAGAGGGAGGAGAGAAUGUAAGGGGGACGUAAAGAGGGAGGAGAGAAUGUAAAGGGGACGUAAAGAGGGAGGAGAGAAUGUAAAGAGGGAGGAGAGAAUGUAAAGGGGACGUAAAGAGGGAGGAGAGAAUGUAAAGAGGGAGGGGAGGAGAGCAUUAGGCUUGUUGGACUUCAUGCAGCGCUGCACAGAACGAUCAGAACGAACUUGAGCAGUUCUUGACGGUUAGAACUUGUGUCUGACUUCAGACAGCGACGCCCAUGCUGUGCCAUAAGGCAACAGAGUACAACUAGAGUGAUUGGAGAGCAGGAGGACUCAGAUAGAGCAGAUUCUCUAGAGCGACUCACGAGCUCUGAUGAUGACACAGCUAAUCCACGAUUGGCAGAGUACACUGCUUGACAACGAUCACGUGUGUUUCAUUUUUCUUCUCACACCUUCAGUUCCACUAAGGAUCACAUCUGUUCUUUAUAACAGUAAAAGCUCUUUUCAUGUAGUUGCGAUAGACCCCACUUCACUGGUAUUUUGGCUUAUUUUGAACUUUAUUCUUGUACAAACAUUAGUGCAUGUAUUGAAUGAAAAUGUCUCUGAAUU